AUUGGGUUGCACAUAUCAUCUCGUUUAGAGAGAAGAAGGAAUAGAAAGUCUUUUUAGUGAGAGAAAGUGAGAAUGGAAGGGAGGUUUUUUGUGUGAAGGGGGCGGUGUGAUGAUUUUUACAUUUUAGAGUUGAAAGGCAUAGCUUUUAUGGUCACGCAUAGAUAUAGAAGAAGAAGAAGAAAAAACAGAGAGAAAAUUAUAUAGAAAUCAAAGUUUCUUUAGAUAGGGUUGUUCAACAAAAUAAAUUCCAUCGAUCCUGUUUCUAUACAUAUAAAAUACAAUCGGAUUUCAAUUUUUCCUGUACAGAGUGAAAUUUUCUGAAUUGGGUUCUGUUUAUUUUGGCUGAAAAAUAGUUGAUUUUUCGUCAAGUUCAGAUUUUUCAGCAUUUCUUGGAUUUUCUCUGAUAGUUCUUAAGUUUCGUAUCUCUUAAGAUAAAGGGAAUUCUUGGAAAUUUAUUGUUGGAUUUGUUUGGCUUUUAAAUCGACUCUUAAGUUUCCUAUUUCUUAAGAUAAAGGGAAUUCUUGGAAAUUUAUUGUUGGAUUUGUUUGGCUUUUAAAUCGACUCUUAAGUUUCCUAUUUCUUAAGAUAAAGGGAAUUCUUGGAAAUUUAUUGUUGGAUUUGUUUGGCUUUUAAAUCGACUCUUAAGUUUCCUAUUUCUUAAGAUAAAGGGAAUUCUUGGAAAUUUAUUGUUGGAUUUGUUUGGCUUUUAAAUCGACGAUUGCAGUAGAGGAGAAGAAGAUGAGAGCUGGUUUGAGUACUAUUCAACAAACCCUGACAACAGAGGCGGCGAACGUUUUGAACCAUUCCAUAGCGGAGGCGGGCCGGCGGAACCACGGCCAGACAACGCCGCUGCACGUGGCGGCGACGCUCUUGUCUUCGCCAUCGGGUUUCUUAAGACAAGCGUGCAUUCGCUCCCAUCCAACUUCUAGUCACCCACUUCAGUGCCGAGCACUGGAGCUAUGCUUCAGCGUGGCGCUGGAGCGCCUCCCUACGGCGCAAAACAUGGCUCCGGGGAUGGAACCCCCGAUAUCUAAUGCGCUAAUGGCCGCUCUCAAGCGCGCCCAGGCGCAUCAGAGGCGAGGUUGCCCUGAACAGCAACAGCAACCACUACUGGCGGUAAAGGUGGAGCUAGAGCAGCUUAUUAUCUCGAUACUAGAUGAUCCCAGCGUGAGCCGGGUGAUGCGCGAGGCGAGCUUCUCGAGCCCAGCGGUCAAGGCCACUGUUGAACAGUCUUUGAAUUCCAACGCGCAUGCAAAUCGUCAUGUUGGUUCUAGAAAUGUGAAUUUGGGAGGACCUUUUGGUGGGAUAUCACCUAUGAUGCUUUCUAGUGCAACUCAAUUAUCUACACCACCAACAGCAGCACCGUCAUCUCUUAAUCCAUUGGCUAAUCGGAACAUUUAUUUGAAUCCCCGACUGCAGCAGGGGAGCACAGGGCAGAUGGGGAAUCAGAGGAUUGAAGAAGUGAAAAAGGUAUUGGAUAUUUUGGAAAGAAGUCAGAAAAGGAACCCAGUUUUGGUGGGGGACUCGGAGCCUGAGACUGUGGCGAAGGAAUUGUUCAGAAAAAUUGAGAACGAGGAAUUGGGAGCUGAAGGGAAGUUGAAGAAUGUUCAAGUGAUCUCCAUUGAGAAAGAGUUUUUAUCCGAUAAAAACCAGAUACCUUCAAAGAUCAGAGAAUUGGAUAGGGUGAUUGAGAGAAGGAUCAUGAGUGGUGGAGUAAUUCUUGAUUUGGGUGAUCUGAAAUGGCUGGUGGAGCAGCCUAUGAGUUUUAGUGGCGCACAGCCGCAGCAGCAGGUGGUUUCCGAGAUUGGGAAGGCGGUGGUGGUGGAAAUGGGGAAGUUACUGUCCCGAUUCGCUGGAGAUGAUACUAGUGAUAAUAAAUUAUGGUUGAUUGGAACUGCAACGUGUGAGACUUAUUUGAGGUGUCGAGUUUAUCAUUCUAAUAUGGAAAAUGACUGGGAUCUGCAAGCAGUGUCAAUCACUUCAAGAUCGCCUCUUUUGGGGAUGUUUCCCAGGGUUGGAACAGAGAGUCUUAUGAGCAAUCCAGUGGAAAAUUUGAAUCCAUUGAAGAAUGUUCCGACUCUGCCUUCCACUUUAACAAGGCGAGUAUCUGAGAGCCUGGAUCUUGAUCAAAGAACAUCCAUUUGUUCACAAUGUUCUGACAAUUACGAGAAGGAGCUGGUGAAACUUGUAGCCAUUGAGAAGACGUUUUCGGAAGCUAAACAAGAACCUAAUCGACCAUCUCUGCCUGCGUGGUUGAAAAAUGCGAAAAUCCAGAGCAGUGAUGCCAAAACAACAGAUCAGUCAGAAGAAGUGCUUUCGAAGCAAAAGACUCAAGAAUUACAGAAGAAAUGGAGGGAAACAUGCUUGCAUCUUCAUCCUAAUUAUCAUCAAAAGAUCCACUCUGAUAGAAAUGCUCCACCGACUCUUUCCCUAACGAACCUUUGUAAUUCGAACCUACUUGUGCGUCCACCUUUCCAGCCUAAGUUGCAAACCACCAAACCACUUGGGGAAGUUCUACGGUUGAACACAAAUCACUUAACCAGCCAACCUGCGGUGCUCACAAGCAGCUCAUCUGGAAGUCCGGUGAGGACAGAUUUGGUUCUUGGACCGAAAGGCACAGAAAACACCCUGGAGAAAACUAUCGAAGAUGGUGUUAAAGAUUUCUUGCGCUGCAUCUCCUCCGAACCUCGGACUAAGGUCCCCGAUAAAUUUGCUAAUGCAUUGGAUGCUGAUACGUACAAAAAGCUCCUCAGGGGUCUCAUGGAGAAGGCAUGGUGGCAGGCGGAAGCAGCCAAUGCAGUGGUUUCAGCCAUAUCUCGGUGCAGAUUAGGCAACGGGAGAUUACGAGGUGCUGGAUCUAGGGGCGACACAUGGUUACUGUUUACAGGUCCCGACAGAGUUGGGAAGAAGAAAAUGGCAUCAGUUCUAUCAGAGCAAAUUUGCGGGACUAUUCCCGUGAUCAUUUGUCUUGGCUCACGUCGUGAUGAUGAAAAGUUGGAUAAGAACUUCCGUGGUAAAACAGCAAUUGAUCGCAUUGCAGAGGCAGUUCGAAGCAAUCCUUUUUCGGUGAUUAUGCUUGAAGACAUUGAUGAAUCGGAUAUGAUCUUGCGUGGGAACGUAAAGCGGGCUAUUGAGAGAGGUAGGCUCACUGAUUCCCAUGGACGAGAAACCAGUCUUGGUAAUGCCAUAUUCAUCCUCACGGGAGAUUGGUCCACAACUCCUGAAGUGAUCAGAGAAGGUCACUUUGUUGAUGGGAAGAAACUUGCCUCCAUAGCAAGCAGAGAUUGGCAGUUAGGAUUGAUAGUUAGAGAAAAUAGUGCAAAACGUCGAGCCAGUUGGUCACAGGAUGAAGAUCGGCCUGUAAAACCUCGAAGAGAAAUAGGGUCGGGCCUCUCUCUCGACCUUAAUCUUGCUGUAGAUACCGAGGACGAUAGAACUGAUGGAUCUCACAAUUCGAGUGAUCUCACCAUUGAUCAUGAAGAUGAGCUCGGGCUUGUAAAUCGACAACAAUUCACUGUUACAUCGGUGCCUCACGAGCUGGCAAGUAACGUCGAUGAUUCCAUAGUGUUCAAACCCGUGGAUUCCUCCUUUGUUCGAAGAGAAAUCAAGAAAACAAUCUCGGUGAAAUUCUCCAUGGUUGUGGGUGACAACUUGCCAAUCGAAAUAGAAGACGAUGUCUUAGAAAAGAUCCUUGGAGGACUAUGGCACGACCAGACUAGUCUCGAGCAAUGGAUAGAAAACGUCUUAGCACCGAGCUUCGAUCAACUCAAACCACGCCUGCCCUCUAUCGAGAGUCGUAGUUUGGUCGUCCGCCUUGUGGUGGAGUCGGAUUCCGGUGAUCAUCGGAGAAAUGGAGAUUGGUUGCCUAGUAGAAUCACCGUAGAAGGAUAUAAUUGAAGUGUACAAGCUUAAGUGGAAAUACAAUGGAUAUUGUUCUUUGAAUACAGGUGUAAUGCAGCAACCAUUCGCCAGAAAAUAGUGAAUACCCGUUGAAACGAGAUGAUAUGACUGGUUAACGGAUAUUGGAAAACUGUCACCUUCACCAUUUUUCUUUUAUUUAAAAUUAUUUAUUAAUUUCUUUUCUUUUCUUUUUUUGUUAGAUACUUAUAUUAAUUGUAACAGAGGACGUGAAUAAUAAAGAUGAGGCAUUCCUCUUUAUGGUACCAAAAACUUCAAUUAUUUUCUAAUUUACUUUUCGGUUCUGGGGGCA